UUAUGAUAAAAAAUAUGACGGCUCAAUCACAGCCGUAAAAAAAUCACGUGGGAAAAUAAAAUGACCUUGAAGCGGGAAAAAUCCACCAUUUUUUCGCUGCACUUUGCUCUCUCACUCGCCCUUCUCUUCUCCACUGAAUUUAUAUUCGUUUUACAGAUUAUGGAGAAAUACUUGGCUCCUUCAGAUCUCUCUUCCAUAAACCCUAAAGCCAGUAAAAGGUCACAAUGGAAGAGAAGUCUAGUGGAAUUAAAUGGAAAAUUUGAUCGAAAGUACCAGCAUGAUGUAUCUGGAUUACUUAUGCAAUCUUAUUCAGAGGUUAUGGCGUUACCUCAUACUUAUCACAUCAAUGGAGCACCUUGUCAAACACAUGUGAACUGGUUUCUUGGUGGUGCUGGUUCUGACUAUAGUCAAAAUCCGUCGGGCGGACAGGGUAUCUCAGCUUUGGAAUUUGAUAAAAAGGGCGUAUAUCUAGCAUCAGUGACUAAAUCAGGUUGCUUAACUGUGCAUGACUACGAGAGUCUCCAUUGUGAUGGUUCAAAAGAGGAUGAAACAAAGCAGUUGCUGCACAUUUCUACUGGUCAACAACUUGAUGUUGUUCGAUGGAAUGUUUCCAAUCAAGAUGAGGUUGCAAGCACAUCUAUGAAAAGUUCUGAAGUAUGUAUAUUUGACAUUGGCUAUGUAUCCUCAGAACCUGUUGAAGUGUUAAGGAAAAGGCCGACUAUCUCUGUUCAUGGAUAUAAUGUUCAUAAAGGUUUCUCUGAUAUAGCAUUUUGUUCCAAUGAUGAUUCAAGGUUACUUGCUUCUGAUGUUUCUGGUGUAAUAAAUAUAUGGGACAGAAGAGCGAGUGAUCUUCCAUGUCUUGAGCUAGCAACCAAUUCCAGUAGUCCUCUUAACAGUAUCAAGUUGAAUGCUGACGAUCAGGUUAUUUUUGGAGCUAGCAAGCAGGGGAUCAUCUACAUGUGGGAUAUUCGUGGUGGAAGAUCGUCUACAGCUUUCCAAAAUAACAAAGUGGUAAGUUAUUCUCCUAUUACAGCAGUGAAAAUAGCAUCUGAGUUAGAGAAAAUUGUUUCUUUGAAGGCUCAGUCAAAUAUAGUUUCCAAGGAAAUACACUCCAUUGAUAUAAAUCCAUCUUGCCAAUAUCAACUGGCAUUUCAUCUUGACGAUGGUUGGUCAGGUGUUUUGGAUGUCCAUAGUUUGAAAGUCACACAUAUUCAUUGCCCCCCUCCACCCUGGUUGGAUGACUUCAAUGAUUUGACUAACUUACAUUGCUUACGGAAACCUUCAUGGCUACCAGCGUAUUCGACUUAUGUGGUUGGAUCAUUAUCAAGUAACGGGCUCUAUCUGUUGGAUUUCUAUCCAGAUCAUAGCUCCCCUUGCCAUGUGGAUUUCAAUGAGGAGAUGCAAGAGCUUUGCGGAGUAAAGAGCCAGCAUAAGCAAAAUCAGUUCAUUACAACAUCUGAAGGUGUUACUGCAUGUAUUGCUCAUCCCUUGACUGGAACCAUUUUGGUCGGAACUAAGCAUUCGUCGCUUUUGGUGAUUUCACAAACAGGAGGCAAGUCAUUUCAAGGAGCAUAUGAUUCUCCUAGCCUUGAAGGCAAUCCCCGAAGCACCAGCUAAAUCUUGCUUGCAUGCUCAUACACACAUCUACCAAACUAGAAUUGUUUGUAACAAGUGCAGCAGGAAAAUUGACGGUGCAUCAGCUUUAGACAAUGUCUGAAGUUUGUGUUAAAUGCAAGGUCUCUAACCACAUAUACUGUGGACGUGUAUGAAGGAGUGCUUAGAGGGGCAGGCAAAAAUUGUUCCAGUUUCUUUAUGACUGAAAACAAAGAGUUAUUACCGGAACAUAUUAUCCGAUCUAAAUGAUUUGCUGAAGUUGAAAGGAUCUCUGCAAUCCUUGAGCAAGUGAAGGAGGUGAAAGAAAUCUAGCCUUCAAGUUUAUGCUUGUGGUGGCGUACUCUUUCCUUCAACAGUUCAAUCUUGUCCAACUCUUUUCAUACCUGGCGUUGAAAUGAAAAAUCCUUUGGGCAUAUGAUACAAUGUUAAUUUUAGCACAAGUUUACUCCUGUUCAAAUUUGUUUACCAAUUCCUGUAGGGAUGGAUGUAGUAAGUCAGCAGUGGGUGCAGGAUUGAACUAUAUAUAUAGUUAAACAAUUUAGCAAGAAAUAUAUUCUUACGAAUAUCUAUACCAACUGACUUAAAAUAUUGUUUACCAAUAUCCACACCGGGGGUCUAGCAUUAGGAAAGUGUGGAGGUCGAGAAUUAGGUUUGUAGGUUAGGAGGUAGCUGAGCAUUUUUUUUCUACUUCGUACCGGUGUGAGGUUAGUCCGAUAGGGUUGUCUUAAACUGCUAGUUAUUAAUGUUGUGUUCUCACUAGUCUUUUGUUUUUCAUAGUGCCGGGCCUUAUUUA